AUGGGGGCAAAGAGCAUAGCAGCCUCUUCUACAAAGAAGAUUAAGAAACAGCAUAAUGGAAAAGUGAAAAAGAGCAAGAAAAUCAAGAAAGUACGGAAGUCAAAGAAGCCUAAAUCCUUGAGCGACGAAAAUGGGGUAGAAAUUGUGUCUAGUCGCAAUGAUCAAGAGACAAAUACAUCGCUUAAAGACCAUGUCACGGCGGAUGGCAUUCUUGUAUUAGAACAUAAAUCAGAUGAUGACGAAGGAUUCGAUGUCUAUGAUGGACAUUUUGAUAACCCUACUGAUAUUCCCUCGACCACUGAAGAAAGUAGAACGCCUUCAUUAGCAGUCCACGGGAAUGAAAAGGAUCUUGCCAAUAAUGAUGAUUUCAUUUCUCUUUCGGCUAGUUCUGAGGAUGAACAAGCCGAACAGGAAGAAGAGAGACAGAAAGAAGAAUUAGAAGUUAAGAAAAAAAAGCAAAAGGAGAUCCUUAAUACUGAUUAUCCAUGGAUUUUGAACCAUGAUCAUUCCAAACAAAAAGAAAUUUCGGACUGGCUAACCUUUGAAAUUAAGGAUUUUGUUGCGUAUAUUUCACCAAGUCGUGAAGAAAUUGAAAUUCGUAAUCAGACCAUAAGUUCAAUAAGAGAAGCCGUGAAACAGUUAUGGCCAGAUGCUGAUUUGCAUGUGUUUGGUUCUUACUCCACCGAUUUGUAUUUGCCUGGCUCCGAUAUCGAUUGUGUGGUAACUAGCGAGCUUGGUGGUAAAGAAAGCAGGAAUAACCUGUAUUCCUUAGCAAGCCAUUUGAAAAAAAAAAAUCUAGCGACAGAGGUUGAAGUUGUCGCUAAAGCUCGUGUUCCAAUUAUCAAGUUUGUCGAGCCACAUUCAGGGAUCCACAUAGAUGUUUCGUUUGAAAGAACAAAUGGUCUCGAAGCUGCAAAGCUGAUUAGAGAGUGGUUAAACGAUACUCCUGGCCUCCGAGAAUUAGUUCUUAUCGUGAAACAAUUUCUACACGCAAGAAGACUAAAUAAUGUGCAUACUGGUGGUCUCGGUGGUUUUAGUAUUAUAUGUCUUGUUUUUUCAUUUCUGCAUAUGCACCCACGUAUAAUAACCAACGAAAUAGAUCCAAAGGACAAUUUGGGUGUGCUCCUGAUAGAGUUUUUUGAACUUUAUGGCAAAAAUUUUGGUUACGAUGAUGUUGCAUUGGGAUCAUCAGAUGGUUAUCCAGUGUACUUUCCAAAAUCUGCAUGGAGUGCUAUUCAGCCUAUUAAGAAUCCAUUUUCACUGGCCAUUCAAGACCCAGGUGACGAAUCAAAUAACAUUAGUCGAGGCUCUUUUAAUAUCCGAGACAUCAAAAAAGCAUUCGCUGGUGCUUUUGAUCUGUUGACGAAUAGAUGUUUUGAAUUACAUUCAGCAACUUUUAAAGAUCGAUUAGGAAAAAGUAUAUUGGGCAAUGUAAUCAAGUAUCGUGGCAAGGCAAGAGAUUUCAAGGAUGAAAGAGGUCUGGUACUGAAUAAGGCCAUUAUUGAAAAUGAGAACUAUCAUAAAAAACGUAGCAGAAUAAUUCACGAUGAAGAUUUUACCGAAGAAACAGCUACCUCUACAGCUACGGCCACCACAACAGAUGAUGAUUAUGAAAUAACAAACCCACCUACCAAGAAGGCUAAGAUAGAAGCAGAACCUAAAAUUGAACCAGCAAAGGAGGAAAGUGGAGAGACACAUAUCAUCAUAUCCAGCGAAGAUGAUGAUGAUGAGGAUGGAUAUAAUCCUUAUACCCUUUAA